UAAGCCGCUUACUCUCUUAUUUUUAUUUAUCGUGAUUGUAAAUAACUUGUCAUAAUAUUCUAUAUCAUAAUACGAUAAAGGAUAAUUUCUUAUUUAAUCAAAAAUGUGACAUAAUACCAAAGUUUUUCUGGAGUGCUACGCAGGGGAUUUGAAAGAGAAGUCAGGAGUUGGGUGUAGGCGCCCAGAUGAGUAGAUUUAGUGCCAUCGCGAGCAUAUCAAGGCCCCAAAAAUUGCUCCCCACGGCAGCCCGGCGCGAGCGUACAUCGCCUACCACAAGCUGGGCGCAGGCAUGGAGGCCCAGACAGCCACGCCACAGACUGAAUGCGAUUGUGGUGUACACCCCUCUGUAUUCUACUUGCUGGCCACAUUACUACUUACCAGUUGUUCAACGGCAAUGCUGUGCGCUGCUAUGAUGACGGAGCACUGGGAGCACGUGGCGUGGGAGCGCGCCGCGCUGGCCGCGCUCGCAAACACAUCAAACACCGUGCUGCACUGGCUGCUAGACGACAAAGUCGCUAAGGUAGAGGGAGCAAACAAUCGUAAAGGCGGCGGUACAUUUUUAGUACCAAUGAACGGCGGCAUUUGGACCAUGUGUGUGUCUUUGGAAGAGGAGGAGGUGACGAUACUGUCGAGGGCGGGGUUCCCACAGGAGCCGCUGUGCACAAACUACUUAGCUAACAACGAGGACGAGGAGCCCAGAGCGGACUGGCAACAUCGCAUGCAGAACCUGUCUAUAUCAUGCGCGAUGGUGUGCCUGAUUGUACUGGGCAGCGCGGCACUGGUGGGCGCGUUCGGCGUCUGCAAGCACCAGAUCAGCGCCGUACUGGUUACCGGCGUCAUGUACCUGUUGGCCGGUCUAUUCGCGAUGUUCACGCUCAUGAUAAUCCACUUCAAACGUAUCCAGCGUGUAUCGACCCGCAGCAGUAGCCAUGGCGACGACACCGCGGACGGCGUGGUCGGGCCGCGCUUAGCCGCGUUACCUCUGCUCUCAGCUAGAGAGUUCACAACAAGCUGGUCGCUGGAGCUCGGCUGGGGUGGUGUUGCCCUCGCAACUACAACCUCCUUGCUUUGGAUAUUACUGUCCAAAAUAAUGAGAUACAAUCCUAUAUCAACUAUGCUGUUAUAAAUUUAUCUUUUAUCUUAAUACGGUCAAUUAUAAAAACUCGUUAUAUCGCGCAAUUUUGCUUUCAGCUUUAGUUCUGACAAAAGAGUAGUUUUAAAUCUUGUAGAUUUAACUAGUAGAUUAAUAAUGAAAUAAAAUGUAUUACUUAUCGACGAUUUAAAUAUUAUUAUUGUUUAAAAAGCAAUUUCAGACUAGUUCAGUGUGAAAUGAGGGAGAAAGAAAGUUCUAGAAAAUAUUUGCUUAUGGUAUUGUAAAACAUAGUUAAGUCAGGAUGAAAUCGGAGCAAUUAAAUCUAAUUUUGAUUUAAAAAAAAAAUUGAAAUUU